AUGGGUGGUUUCAGUUUUGCAAGGUGUCUCAUCCUGAUUGUGGCUGCUUCCACGUUGGCAGUUUGUAUGGCCAACAAGGAUUGGCAGUCGGGCUCCUAUCAGUACCCGAAAUAUACACAAGCCCCCAACAAGAUCAUUGUUGGUGGAUCGGAGGGCUGGCACUUCAACUUUAGCUACACUGAUUGGGCUCUCAAAAAUGGCCCCUUUUACCUAAAUGAUACUUUAGUUUUCAAGUAUGAUCCACCAACAGAGAAUACCACAAUCCCUCACAGCGUAUACUUGCUACCAAACCUUCGGAGCUUUGUAACAUGCAACUUAACCGGAGCGGAGAUGUUGGCCGACGUGACACAAGGAGGCGGGCAAGGCUUCGAGUUUGUGCUCAAAAAGUGGAAGCCUCACUACUUUGCUUGCGGGCAACACGAUGGGAUUCAUUGCAGCCUUGGACAGAUGAAGUUCUUUGUCAUGCCAAUGCUCCGUUGGUAUUGA